CUGGAUGGCGGAGGACCAGAGAGAAUUUGCCCUUCAAAGACAGGGUCGCAGAUGCCUACUCUGAUGUGAUGGUCACCUACACCAUGACUAGCUCCCUUUACUUCAUUACCUUUGGCAUGGGCGCCAGCCCUUUCACAAAUAUAGAGGCUGUGAAGGUCUUCUGUCAGAACAUGUGUGUGUCCAUUCUGUUGAACUACUUCUACAUUUUCUCCUUCUUCGGCUCCUGUCUAGUCUUCGCUGGCCAACUAGAGCAAAAUCGAUACCAUAGCAUCUUCUGCUGUAAGAUCCCUUCUGCAGAAUACCUGGACCGCAAACCUGUGUGGUUCCAGACGGUGAUGAGUGAUGGGCAUCAACAGACAUCCCAUCAUGAGACCAACCCCUACCAGCACCACUUCAUUCAGCACUUCCUCCGUGAACAUUACAAUGAGUGGAUUACCAAUAUCUACGUGAAGCCAUUUGUUGUCAUACUCUAUCUCAUUUACGCCUCCUUCUCCUUCAUGGGGUGCUUGCAGAUCAGUGACAGAGCCAACAUCAUCAACCUACUAGCCAGUGAUUCCCCAAGCGUUUCCUAUGCCACAGUUCAGCAGAAAUAUUUCAGCAACUAUAGCCCGGUGAUAGGAUUCUACGUCUACGAGCCCCUUGAGUACUGGAAUAGCAGUGUCCAGGAGGACCUCCGGAAACUCUGCAGUGGGUUUACUGCAGUGUCCUGGGUGGAGCAAUAUUACCAGUUCCUGAAAGUUAGCAACAUCAGUGCCAAUAACAAGAGUGACUUUAUCAGUGUCCUGCAGAGCUCCUUUUUAAAAAAGCCAGAAUUCCAGCAUUUUCGAAAUGAUAUCAUCUUCUCCAAGGCAGGGGAUGAAAACAACAUCAUUGCAUCCCGACUGUAUCUAGUGGCCAGGACUACCAGAGACAAGCAGAAGGAAGUCAUAGAAGUGUUGGAAAAGUUGAGACCCCUGUCCCUCUCAAAGAGCAUUCGUUUCAUCGUGUUCAACCCCUCCUUUGUGUUCAUGGACCAUUAUGGCUUGUCUGUCACAGUGCCUGUUCUGAUUGCAGGUUUUGGUGUUCUCCUGGUGUUAAUCCUGACAUUUUUCCUGGUGAUCCACCCUCUGGGAAACUUCUGGCUAAUUCUUAGUGUCACCUCAAUUGAGCUGGGCGUUCUGGGCCUAAUGACUUUAUGGAACGUCGACAUGGAUUGCAUUUCUAUCUUGUGCCUUAUCUACACUUUAAAUUUCGCCAUUGACCACUGUGCACCACUGCUUUACACAUUUGUAUUAGCAACUGAGCACACCCGAACACAAUGUAUAAAAAGCUCCCUGCAAGAGCAUGGGACAGCCAUUUUGCAAAAUGUUACUUCUUUUCUUAUUGGGUUGGUCCCCCUCCUAUUUGUGCCUUCGAACCUGACCUUCACACUGUUCAAAUGCUUGCUGCUCACCGGGGGUUGCACACUUCUGCACUGUUUUGUUAUUUUACCUGUGUUCCUAACCUUUUUCCCCCCUUCCAAAAAGCACCACAAGAAAAAGAAACGCGCCAAACGAAAGGAAAGAGAGGAGAUUGAAUGCAUAGAAAUUCAAGAGAACCCUGAUCACGUCACCACAGUCUGAAGGGUGUAGACUAAUGGAUUGUUUUUCUUUUCCAGUAUUGCACAACGAUGCAGGGCAAGUAAAGCUCAGACCUCAGCUGCUUGGGC